CUUUUGAUGAGGGAACGGGGCUCGACCCGGAUUGGUCGCCGGCCAAUCGCAGGCCACCUACUGACAAGCAAUCAUUUACGCUUGCACAAGCAUGAGAUCACGCAAAUUGCACUGGGGAAGAAGCUGGAUAAUAUUGUGAAUGGCAUUUCGCGACAUAGUCAAGUCUCAUGCACCAACAUGGUCGGAGGUGGCGGUGCUGCGCUGGAGGAGCGCUUCGCACGUGGAAUAUCUGAAUACGUCGGGGAGGGGGAGGAGCCGCCGCGCGCGCGGCGCACAUUUUCCACGAUGAAUCGUGCCUUCAACAGGAAAAAAGAGAAAUCAUGGAUGCACAUGCCCGAAGCCCUGGCCAAGCACUACAUCGCCUACAACGCCAAGUUCCUUGGUAACACCGAGGUGGAGGCCCCAAAAGGAACGGAGGUUGUCAAGGAUGCAGUGAGAAAGCUCAAGUUUCAGAGACACAUCAAGAAGUCAGAGGGACAGAAAACACCCAAAGUGGAGCUGCAGAUCUCCAUUUAUGGCGUGAAAAUUCUCGAGCCCAAGACAAAAGAGGUGCAGCACAACUGUCAGUUACACAGAAUAUCCUUCUGCGCGGACGACAAAACAGACAAACGGAUAUUUACCUUCAUUUGCAAGGACUCCGAGUGCAACAAGCACCUGUGCUACGUCUUUGACAGCGAAAAGUGUGCGGAAGAGAUCACGCUCACCAUCGGCCAGGCCUUCGACUUGGCCUACAAGAAGUUCUUGGAGUCCGGAGGCAAAGAUGUGGAAACCAGGAAGCAGAUUGGAAGUCUGCAGAAAAGAAUUCAAGAACUGGAAAGUGAAAACUCGGACAUGAAGCAGCAGCUUCAAGAGCUGGAAGAGCAGUUGAUGAUCGCACCCGUGCCCCCACCGCUGUAUGUAAACGAAGCUAACCAAGCGUACGUGCUGCGGCGGCGGCGGCCUUCCUCUCUCUCGUGGUGUAACGACAUCAACUCUUGCCUGGAGAUCUCCUCUGUCACCCUCACGCCUAUGAGCUCGCCAGAGUCCAACCUGUCUGCUGGCCUACUAACGCCCCCGCCUGCCGCUGUCCUUCCUCCUAAAGCUCCCGAGGGCUGCGGCGUCCCGCGACCUCGCGCCGGGAGCGUCUCCGUGCAAGCGCAGUCGACAGACAUUUUUGACAUGGUUCCAUUCUCGCCCGGGACGGCGCCGGGACCCACGCGAGCCAGCAACGGCUGCCCGACAGCACCGACCGCAGCGCCGCCCAACAUAGGGAAAGACCUAUUUGGCGCAGAGCCGUUCGAUCCCUUCACCUGCGGCUCGGCCGACUUCCCUCCAGAUAUUCAGUCCAAGCUGGAUGAAAUGCAGCGUCAGAGAUGGAGGGGUUCAAAAUGGGACUAACUCUGGAGGGAGCCGUCUUCUCUCUGGACCCGCUUGACGGCCGCUGCUGAAGAUGUCUUUUGUCGUCUUCUUUCAAAUCGUUUGUACGAUUUUUGUACAAGUGCCAAAAUGCGCUCCCCGGCCCAGUUGGGAUGUCACCAUUUCUUUUGGUUUGUUUCUACAUGGAUUUGCAUUUAGAUUGUUUUGUUGUGUUCAACCUUUGCAGCUCGGACGCAUAAUCAAGAGAGACAUAUUUUUGUAAAAACUGGAAGGGAUCGUUUUGACUACAUUUGCUUUGGAUGCAGUAGUACGUGUCAUUCAAGCUGGCUAUGAAAUAUGGAUGACAUAUUAACGCGGUACACAUCUUGUUCAAAUGUAGCCCAUCUUGUCUUGUUAUUUUUUUCCCCUCAAUUUCAUUUGCUUUUUAGUUCAUUGCUGUCUAACCUUGUCUUCUUGCACCAUGAGGCACUUUUGGAUGCGGGGGGGGGGGGGGGGGCUACUGUAUGAAAUGACAAUAUGCAGUACAUUGUCCAUUAUUUUUACUUGUUAAGUCCCGUCACAUUUACUAAAAAUAAAAUAUGACUAUAAAAAGUCA